ACUAGUUGAUUGGCUUUCAAAGUCAACUGAACAAUACACCGACUAGUUCAAACAUUUCUGCAUCAUAAGUUUCCAAUUGAACCUGAGAUCAUCUGAAUUUGAUGAUUUGUCACCAUUAAUUACCUGAUUUUCAAUAGGAAACUGAUGAUAGUCAUGAUCGAAAGAUCAAUAGAUGCCUAAGAGUUGUGAUAAUUGGGAAAGGCUGGUGACAGCCGUCCUGAGAAGAGAAGAUCUCCGAUUCACCGGUCAGAGGACUCCAAGUGAGCUUUCCUUGGCAUCAUUAUCAUCAAUUUCGUUCUUUAAUCUAGCUUCUUCCUCUCGCCGAGUUUCAUCUUUCAACUUCAACAACUUAUUCGCGGGGGUUUCAUUUACACGUCUUCAAAUUCUCCAAGCAACGGAUUACUUGAAUGAGUCCAAGCUCAUUAAGCAUGGUCUCUCGGGUGAUCUCUAUGACUGAGUUUUAGAAGAAGGGACUCGAGUAGUAAUUAAAAAAAUUGAUCUUUCAUCAGUCAACAAAAAAUCCCUUUUCAUAGCAGAGUUGGAAGUUCUUGGGAAGGUUUCUCAUCAUCAUAGAUUUGUCCCUUUCCUUGGCCAUUGCUUGGAGAAUGGAAAUGAGAAGUUUCUGGUUUACAGGUACAUGCCUAACAAGGACUUGUCAACUUGUUUGUCCAGGAAAAAUAUUUCAGGUAAUAAUACACAAUCACCAUUCCUUGACUGGAUAACGAGGUUGAAGAUAGCAACUGAAGUUGCUGAGAGUUUGUAUUAUCUACAUCAUCAGUGUGUCCCUCCCCUUGUCCAUAGAGACAUUCAAGCAGGCAGCAUACUUCUCGACGACAAGUUUGAAGUGAGGUUAGGAAGCCUUUAUAAAGUCUGUGCUGAAGAAAAAGACAUUGCUCCGAAUACCAUUGCUAGGUUAGGGUGGGGAUCCAACCAAGGCACUCCUGGUACGUCUAAUGCAAGUUAUGCAACAUGUGCCUAUGAUGUUUAUAGCUUUGGGAAAGUUUUGCUCGAGCUAGUCACGAGAAAGCAGGGUUUUAGUGCAACUGAAAAUUCCAUCAUGAAGGAUUGGAUGGAAAAUGUGCUGGCUUAUAUCAUUCCUGAUAAAGAGGAACUCCUUGUAAACAUUGUGGAGUCGACUUUAUCCUCGGAUAAGCAUCUUUUGUCCCAAGUAUUGGCAGUUUCAUUUAUCGCUAAGGCAUGUCUCAGUCCUGAAUCUUCUGAAAGGCCCCAUAUGGCACAUAUACUUUUGGCCUUAGAUCAUAUUAUAUCAGCAAGGUUUGGUGGUGAAAAUUUCAAGCCUAUUGGUCAUCAUGGCUCAGAGAGUACAGCUCUGGUGAUUGCAAAGAUACUACAGGAAUCUGAAAUAGUAGGAAGGAUGCCAAAGGCAACUGGCAAUGCAACACUAGGCAGCCGCACUGCCUUAAAAGAGGGUUAUCAAAAUGGGGGCAGCUUUGUUCAUCCCAAGUUGACUAUUUUCUCUUAUUCUGAACUCAUGGUUGCAACCAGAGGUUUCAGGAGUGAUGCAGUGCUGAGAGAAGGCGAAUUCAGUGCAAUAACCCAAGCUUGGCUUCAAGACAAAUCCACAUCAAAGAGUAGCAGUGAAGCACUAGUUGCUGUUAGAAAAUUUUACUCUCAAAAUAUGCUACUAUUAAAUGAUUGGCAGUCUCGGGUAUGCUUGCUUGGAAGGCUCUCACAUCCAAACUUAGUUGAGUUCCUUGGAUAUUGUUUGGAAGACAAAGAGCUAUUCGUUGUUCAUGAAUAUAUGCAAAAUGGCAGCCUAGAGAACCAUCUCUUUAGAACAAGCUCCGAUGUUCGGCCACUUUCUUGGGACAUAAGAAUUAAGAUCCUAAUUGGAGCAGCUCGAGGCCUGGCAUUCUUGCAUGCGGCAGAGUGGCAAGGUUACUAUGAAUACUUCGGCACCUCAGACAUCUUGCUUGAUGGUUCUUACAAUGCCAAGAUAUCAGGUAUUGGCACAACAAAGAUUGUUCGUCGAAAUGUCUUUAAUGAAGUACAUCCUCUUUGGUAUGAAAGGGGAAAGUAUUUUAAUGCUCCUCCUGAGUAUGAUCUGAGAAAAAAAUAUCCCAACAGGGCUUAUGAAUGUGAAGGGCGAUGUGUUUGGUUUUGGUGUGGUAUUGGCUGAAAUGCUAACAGGUUUAUCAGCAAAAGGUAGAUAUCGCCUUAGUUGGGGAGAGCACCAUCUGGUUCCAUUUUUCAGGUACCAUAUGAAUCUGGAGAAGAUCCAACUGGAGAAAAUUAUGGAUCCCCAAUUAGAGGGAAAAUAUCCAGCAAAAGCUGCUCAAAAAUUAGGGGCUCUUGCUUGUUUAUGUCUUCAAGAUGAACCUGAAUUCAGAUUAACAAUGAAACAAGUUGUGGAGAUAUUAGAACGCUUUGAAUCUGCUAAGGAAUAAGCAGAAGAGCCUAGGACAAAUCAGACAGCUUAUGAUCAUGACUACCACCCUCAGCAUUCUUAGUUUUCCACUUCUACAAAGCAUUGGUGGAAAUCCGUCCCAUAAAAGCUGACCUAUUGCUUUCAUAAAUAAACAUAACAGAUCCUUAAAUAUUUGUCCUGAUUAGUUGGUUGAUAUGUAAUCUGUUCGUUCUUGUUCCUUUUUGUAA